AUGAUGAAACCUCUCACCCCAACUAUGCGUAGGACUCGAAGCCAAAGUUCAACUGCCUAUUUUUCAACACUAAGUGAAGGUAAAAGUCAUCUUCCUGCUCUUGAAGUAAGUCCCUUUAGAAGGAAGAGUUGUAAUAAAGUAAUUUCGUGUCCCAAAGUUUACAAUAUAGGACAAAAGAGGCAUUUCCCAGAUGAUGUUACUCCAGUUAUCCUUAAUCUUUGCUUUCCUUAUCAUAUUAUCCGUGAAGAAUAUGCAUUUCCUACUUUACCGAAGCUUCCAUCAAUCAACGAAUCAAACUUCGCCAAGAUCUUUGUAGACAAAAUAAAUAUAUGCAGCAAACUAUGUGACUACAUGAUCUAA